CGAUCCUGUUUUUGUGUCGGUCUUCGCUCAGGUCUAAUGAGUCAUGACAUGAAGCCCGGAGCCGUCCUCCCACGCACGCCUCUCCCCGUCCUUAUUUGAGGCGCUCCUGGGCUGCAGACCUCAGAGCAGCAGCGCAGCUCUGUCCGGCUUCUGCGGAGGGACGGGAGCUGGUCUCACAGCGGUUCCACCCACCCUUCAACAACAUGAGACCCAUCCUGGUAGUCGUUACUUGUCUUCUUACAGAAAGUCUAGCGCUUCCACUCAGCCAAGAGGGACAGAGAGAAGACGUGGUAACACGAUGUUUGGCUGAAGUCCUGUCCAAAGCUCUCUCCACACCGGACGCUCAGUUGGAUCAGGAAUGCAGAGACAUCAUAAAAGCAGGGGUUAAUCACGCCUCGCUGAACAAGAAGAGCAGUGAUGGACUCGUAACACAAGAGGAGGCUUCUAAAGGUCACACUGAGGAACCUGCAGCAAAGGCAGCAGACGUGAAAGACAUUGAAGCGCUUCUGAAAUCCGUGGAGGAAGAGAGAGCAAACCUUGAAGAUGAGCACAAUCAGCAAUCCUGGAGUCUGGGAGACAGAACGUCAGAGAAUGGAGAUGGAGGAGAACGGGUGAAAAGGAGCAGCUGGAGGCUUGGAAGGUACCGCCAGAGGAAAAGCAAACGCGGAGAGGAGGAAGAUUUUGAGCGUAGUCAGGAGAGCUGGGGAGGCACGGAAAAGAGGUCGGAGGAUGAAGAAGUGGCCGAGGAAAGUGAAGAAAAAGAGAAGAGGAGCUGGAGACCCGGCAGGUAUCAUCAAAGAAGACACAAGCGAGAUGACGGAGAAGAAGAAGAACCGGAGGAAGAGCGCAGCCAGGAGUCCUGGGAUGUAAACAAAAGGUACGAGGAUGAGGAGGAAAGAGAUAAGCGCAUAUGGAAGCCCACACAUCGUUACCAUCACAAGUCAAGGCUCCACAAGCGCAGCGAUGAUCCGCUGGAGGGCGAGGUUGAUGAGGACCGCAGCCAGGAGUCUUGGAGUGUUGACAAGAGGAACUGGAGGCCUGGAAGGUAUCACCAGAGGAGACAUAAGCGUGAUGAAGAACCUCUGGAAAACGCUCGGGAAGAACCGGAUGAAGAACGCAGUCAGGAAUACUGGGAUGUUGAUACUGGAGUAGAGAAACGGAACUGGAGGCCGGGCAGAUUCCACCAGAGGAGACACAAGCGUGAUGAAGAGCCAUCCGAGGGCAACCAGGAAGAACCGGAGGAAGAGCGCAGUCAGGAAUACUGGGAUGUUGAUACUGGAGUAGAGAAACGGAACUGGAGGCCGGGCAGAUUCCACCAGAGGAGACACAAGCGUGAUGAAGAGCCAUCCGAGGACAACCGGGAAGAACUGGAUGAAGAACGCAGUCAGGAAUACUGGGAUGUUGAUACUGGAGUAGAGAAACGGAACUGGAGGCCGGGCAGAUUCCACCAAAGGAGACACAAGCGUGAUGAAGAGCCAUCCGAGGGCAACAUGGAAGAGCCAGAGGAAGAACGCAGUCAGGAAUACUGGGAUUUUGAUACUGGAGUAGAGAAACGGAACUGGAGGCCGGGCAGAUUCCACCAAAGGAGACAACGACGUGAUGAAGAGCCAUCCGAGGGCAACCGGGAAGAACCAGAGGAAGAACGCAGUCAGGAAUACUGGGAUUUUGAUACUGGAGUAGAGAAACGGAACUGGAGGCCGGGCAGAUUCCACCAAAGGAGACAACGACGUGAUGAAGAGCCAUCCGAGGGCAACCGGGAAGAACCGGAUGAAGAACGCAGUCAGGAAUACUGGGAUUUUGAUACAGGAAUGGAGAAACGGAACUGGAGGCCGGGCAGAUUCCACCAGAGGAGACAACGACGUGAUGAAGAGCUACCAGAGGAGGCCAGAGAGGAACCGGAAGGAGGACGCAGUCAGGAGGACUGGGGUUACGAAAAGAGACAGGAAACAGAAGAGGGAGAAAUAGAGAAAAGGAUAUGGAAGCCGACACACAGAUACCACCAUAAACAAAGACUUAACAAGCGAGCAGGAGGACCGUCGGAGGAAGAGCAGAGGGGAACUUCGGAUGAAUACACAGAAGAUGAGAAAGACAGAGAUGAAGCUUUGAGGUAUCUGGCUGAGAAGCGUAAUCCCUGGAUCUCCAGAGGCUACUACCACCCUGCCUGGUAUAAACGGGAUUCAGAGGAACCAGCUGCUGCUUCAAACAAGAUGGACCAACUGGCCCAGCUGCUGAGCUACAGGAUCAACCAGCUGGCUCACCACUCUGCUCAGGAGGAGGCAAAGACGACGAGGGCGCUCACUCCACCGGAGGAGAACGAGCUGGAGAACCUGGCAGCGAUGGACACGGAGCUGCGGAAAAUUGCAGCCAAGCUGCACGACAAGCCCGCGUGAUCCUGCAGCGUUUGGAUAAAAAUCCUCCAUCUUGCUGUUCCUCUGCUAGUUUUGUGCUCUUAUUGAUAAACGUGACUAAAUAUGAUAACACACCAAACUUUUGCCAUUUUCGUAGUGUUUAGUGAUGUAAGGACGACUCAUUAUUCAGCAUGGGAAUGACUUUUGGUGUUUCUAUAAAUUUGUCUGAGAAACGUUUAAGAAAACGAUUCAAACGUGUUAAAAAGUUUGUUCUGUUUGCACCGAAUAAAGGAAGUUAUUCUGGGACCAAAACAA